AUGUGGAUUCCUGCAACAGAAGAGAAUUAUCAGGAAUGCUCCAGCCAUGAAGACAAGAGAAAAAACAAUCCAGAGAUAAAGAACAAAGUGGAACAAGAACUCACUCCACCAUUCAAGAGGCUACGAGUCGGUCCACUAGCGCCCGUGCCGCCGCCGCCGCCAAGGAGAUCACGGAUGACUCGGAGGACAUCUCCACCAACUUGGGAACAGCUGAAGAAGUUGACAAUGAAGGCCGAGGCCAUGGUCCCUUGCCAAGGAGCACAACGAACUGCUAAGACUUUGUUUCUAGCCAUGCUGUCAAUUUUGGCUGUUCAGGUCUGUGAUGCUCAGACUCCAUACUGGGCAUACAUUCCAGAUCCACCCUUUCUCAGGGCCGUUACUUGGGAUGACCCCAGCAUUCCUGUUUUUGUUAAUGAUACAGAUAUCAUGGGCCAAUCAAGUGCAGAUUUUCUUACCCCUCAAUGGGUAGGAGAUUAUAGAUAUGAAGGAAGGUCAACCAGGGUCCCCAUAUGUUUUACAGCCAUUAAAUAUUGGAAUAACUGUCUUACUGUAGAACCUUCACCAAGAUAUACCCAUGGCAUUAGCAGAGGUGGAGAUCCUGAAGAGUAUGAGGGGUGGAUCGGACGAGAAUGGUUCCUUACUAUAUAUGGCUUGCCUGACAUCACCCAUACUGUCUCUCAGGGUGUCCCGCCCAAAUUGCCUCCAUGUGUGUAUAAUGAAUAUAGGCUAUUUCUGAAGUAUCCACCUUGGCGGCAUUGCCGUCAUGAGUUGGCUGUGGUACAUACUCCCAUUAACAAUUCCUUUCAGUUACUUGAUUGGUCCUAUCCCAACCCGCUAUCUAGCAGAAGUAGUUUUAAGGCUAGAGAGACCCCUGGAGGCUGGGUAGAAGAGAUACUCACCACCAAGCGGGGAGGAAUACAAUUAGAAAUAUUUAAGCUUAUGGCCGCUUUAGGUAGCAUUUCUUUGCAUCAUGAUAACCUUACAGUGAUCACAGGUCUUACUGCUUGUGUACCUCCUCCUUACCGUCUCCUUAUUGGAAUUAUAGAUAUUGUACUUAAGGACAACUUGUAUACAAUUUCUUGUACUCAUUGCAACUUGUCUAACUGUGUGUCUAGAUACAACUUUGAUUAUGAAGUGGUUGUAUUACAUCAGCCUUCCUUUGUCAUGCUCCCGGUUAAUAUUUCUGGACCUUGGUACAGGGAUACAGGUUCCCAAGUAUUAAGGGAACUAAAUGAAUUGCUAAGCCGCCCUAAGAGGUUCAUCGGAAUGCUUAUUGCUGGCCUCGUGGCUCUAGUCUCCCUCAUUGCUACUGCCACUACUGCGGCCAUAGCUUUAACCCAAGAAAUACACACAGCUCAUUUUGUAGAUAGCUUGGCGAAGAAUGUUUUGGAUGCCUUAGGAGCUCAAGAGCUCAUAGAUAAGAAAAUAGAACAAAGGCUCAAUGCACUAGAAGAAGCUGUGCUCCUUAUAGGAAAUCAAAUGCACAGCUUAAAAGUACGUUCUACCCUUCAGUGUCAUGCUGAGUUUGAUUGGAUUUGUGUCACCCCCAAGAUAUAUAAUGGUACUAUGUGGCAUUGGGAUCGAGUUCGCAACCACCUGCUAGGAGUUUGGGAUCAGACUAACUUUACUUUAGAUAUCAGUAGAUUACAUGGAGAGAUUCAAGCUAUUAGUGAUGCAGGUUCUGCUCUAUUGCCUCCUAGCGAAGUAGCACAGAAUAUUUUUAAUGAAAUUCAAAGCCUUAUGUCCUUUCAUGGAUUACAGUCUUUUAUUUGGUCUCUAUUAACUGUUGUUAUCCUUGCUCUCAUUAUUCUCUGUUUACUUCCAGUCUGCUUCCGAACCAUCGGAUCCAGCAUCUGA